CUAGGGGGAAGGUACAGUCGGAUUCCUAGUAGAGCAGCGAGCACAGCAGACCGACGGGCUACAAAAUGACAAUGAACAUAGAUUCGUCACCAGGAAUGAUCUUUUUCACACGGGCUUUCACAAUCACAGGUUUUUAAAAUAAAAUAUAAAGGUUUGGAGCCAAAUUAAAACAGGAGAAGUUGCGGCUCCGCAUGACGUCAGAGGCGCUGGUGUGCUGAACCGUUCUCAGAAUAGAAUUCUUGGAAUUGGUGAAUUUUAAAAGCAAAUCCCCAAUCUCUCCUUCACACGCUUUCAACCCAUUCUCGAGAGAACACUCAACGCACUGCAUCUCCGUAUUUAUUGUCUGACUAAAUUAUACAUUACAUUGUUUUUCAAUUCGUUAAUCAUUGUCAGAAAGUCUAUUAACAUAUCGGAUAUUCGGACCCGUUUUCUCUUAUUCCCUGAACUGCUGCGUGGGAAAUUAAUAAAAAUAAAAUAAUUCCUUUGUUUCGACCGGCUAUAGUUUCGCUAAAGCUUGCAUUGUGGACGAUUGCGGGCAAUCGAAGACCAUAAUGAUUCUUUGUGUUCAAGGCCCCAGGCCGCUGCUGUCUGGUACAUCCACAGAGGGUCCCUUAGGUAUGCUGACAGGGAGCGUCUCCUCCCCUCACUGCCUUCACAGCACCCCCACUCAGUGGGACCCCACAAAAGACCUGUGCACCAUUGCCAACAACUUCUUCUACCUUGACACCUCAGGCUGGUACUGGGGAGCAAUCACGGCGGGUCAGGCUCACUCAGCCCUCCAGGCUGCAGCAGAAGGGGCAUUUCUGAUUCGAGACAGCAGCCACCCCCUUUACAUGCUGACCCUGUCAGUCAGGACGGCACGCGGACCCACCAGCAUACGCAUCCAGUACAGCGGAGCGCGGUUUCUGCUUGACUCCAGCUCACCCGCCCGGCCCAGCUUGCUGUCCUUCCCCGACGUGCCCAGCCUGAUCCAGUACUACGUGGGGCCGGGGAGGAAGGUGGAUCAAGGAAAGGCGGAGGAGACGCAUGGCGGCAAGCACCAACAGAGGCCGGCUCAGGAGAACACGAUAGUGCUGAAGCUCAAGCGGGCCCUUCUCAAGCCCCAGGCCUUCCCCUCCCUACAGCACCUGGCACGCCUCACUAUCAACCGCAGCACAGACUGUCCCGACCAGCUGCCUCUGCCAUGCCCACUUGUGCGAUUUCUGCGGGACUACCCCUUUCAGGUAUGAGGACAUUCUGGUCUGAACAGCGGCGGUGAACUCAGUUAAAUCAUUCUACUGAACCUUGGGGGGAAAUAAGUCACUGGCUAAAUUGAACAGUUCAACCAGACUUUGAGGGAAAGAGGUCCCGGUCAGCUGGAAACCAACAGAGCCCCAUAGGACAUGUGCUUGUUUAUAAAACCAUGUUUAGGAAAAAGCCUCUCAGAAAACACUGUCUGGUUUUGGAUUUCUCAGAGGGAAGUGGGUUUCUGCGUAUCUCGCCGCAGGAGAUUCACUGGAAACCCAAAUGCGGUGCUAAGUGUUGUGACUCCUGGUGCUGAGGGAUACGGGAGCAGCCUCCGUUCUCCCCGCCCAUCGUGCUGUGGGCACACUGUCUAUCCUGUUUCUGAGCAGUGAAUCGUUUCCCAGUAAGAUGUACCUUCAGUGUUUUGUCAUUUCAUUUUUUUAUUUGUCCUAUUUUUUACCCCCCACUCUGUACAUAUUCCCUUUUCUAUAUGUAUAUAAAAACACAAUAUUCAAAAUGAAUCCAACUCUUUUGUCUUCAACGCCCCGUUGUCUUCUCGUGUUUCGAAUUCCAGAAGAAAC